UAGCAGGAAGCUGCAGCAGUGGUAGAACUUGUAGAGAAGCCUUUUCUCCCUCUCCUGUUUUUGCUUUUCUUACAGCCUAUUAUACACACGUGGUCUGUAGACUUCUUGCUAAGGAAGGUGUUGGAAGGAAUAAAGGAGAGGGGGCUUUCAAUUUGUCCUGUUACUGUAAGUGCUGCUGAAGAUUGGCUGCCUCUGUACUCUGCUGAUAAUUCUGGUGCCUGAGAAUACCAUCUGUUCGUCUGUGUGUGUGUGUGUGUGUGUGUGUGUGUGUGUUUGAUUGUCCGAUCCUGGGGUCCCAAGGCUUUGCACUGGCUGAACCGCACCCAUGGAGGUGGCCCUGGUAGACUUUGAGAGCAUGGAUGGCCUUGACGGCAGCCUUGAGGAUGAGGUGGACACCUACGCUGAUGAGACCACAGCUCUCACAGUGGACUUGCCCCCCGAGCACAACAGCCAAGGCAGCAACUACCUUCUGCGAGCCCCUCAGCUCUCCUCUACGCCCCCCUGCCACAGUCCUGUGCCCUCCUGCAUGUGGGAAUCCACCUCAUCUUCGCCCAUUCCACAGACACAGACACUAGGAGUACCCCAGUCCCCAACCAUGCCAUCUCCAAACAGACAGGGGCGCAGUAGCUGUGCCAGUAUGAUCUCCAACUGGAAAUUGCUGCUAAACAGUGAGGGCACUAAGGAGAGCGAGACGAUCUUCAGCCAGCUUGCUAAGGAAUGCUGUGAGGAUCUAUUUGUAGAUAAACGAGGGCUGGAUGACGGCGACCAGAAAGUCAUCAUCAACAUUGCCGGUCUUCGUUUUGAGACACAGCUCAAAACUUUGGACCAGUUUCCUGAGACGCUGCUAGGAGAUCCGUUGAAGAGGAUGGACUACUUUGAUCCAAUGAGGAACGAGUACUUCUUUGAUCGGAACCGACCCAGCUUUGACGGAAUCUUGUAUUACUACCAGUCAGGGGGUAAGAUCAGACGUCCAGCUAAUGUUCCCCUGGACGUGUUUGCAGAUGAAAUUCUGUUCUAUCAGCUUGGAAGUGAGGCCAUGGAGCAGUUCAGAGAAGAUGAAGGAUUCAUAAAGGAUGUUGAGAUCCCUCUUCCUAAUAAUGAUAUGUAUAGGCAAUUCUGGCUGCUCUUUGAGUACCCAGAGAGCUCAAAUGCAGCCCGAGGUGUAGCAUUGGUGUCUGUUUUUGUUAUUGUCAUAUCCAUCAUUAUUUUCUGCAUGGAAACACUUCCAGAAUUUAGAGAUGAAGCCGACCCAAUUGUGCCCACAGCACUACAGCCUUUCAACCAAUCUACAAUUUACACCUCUGUGGCUCCAUCUGGUGUAAAGCCCACAACUUUCUCUGAUCCCUUCUUCAUCAUUGAAACUGCCUGCAUUGCUUGGUUCUUCUUUGAGCUGUGUGUGAGAUUUAUGGUCUGUCCCAGCAAAAAGGAAUUUUUCCACAACCUCAUGAACAUCAUUGACAUUAUUUCCAUCAUCCCUUAUUUUGUUACUGUGGUUACAGAAUUGGUCACAACGCCACAAGAGAGCUCAGGACAGAACAUGUCUUUGGCCAUUCUGCGUAUUAUCCGUCUGGUCAGGGUGUUUCGUAUAUUCAAACUCUCACGUCACUCCAAGGGGCUGCAGAUCCUGGGACAGACUCUGAAGGCCAGCAUGCGUGAGCUUGGCUUGCUCAUCUUCUUCCUCUUCAUCGGCGUGAUCCUCUUUUCCAGCGCUAUCUACUUUGCUGAGGUAGAUGAGCCUAACACACAGUUUGUCAGCAUACCUGAUGGCUUUUGGUGGGCUGUGGUUACUAUGACCACUGUAGGCUACGGAGACAUGUGUCCCAUUACCAUGGGGGGUAAAAUGGUGGGCACCCUGUGUGCCAUCGCAGGUGUUCUGACCAUUGCUUUGCCUGUUCCCGUCAUUGUUUCCAACUUCAACUACUUCUACCACAGAGAGACGGAGGCAGAGGACAAGUUGCCCUUGGCAGAUGCUGUUGAGCAAGCCAUGAAGGCUGAGACAGGGACCACACAGGGUAGCAACACCUCACUCAAUAAAGCCAAUGGCAUCUGGCAGACUGACAAAGGGAAAUAACUGUAGAAGGACACAAUUUAGAGGAAGAGACAUUGCCACAAAGCAGGAAAGAAACAAUAAAGAAGAAGAGAGUAUGGAGGAAACUGUAAUGAUUUCCCUCAAAUUAUAUUGUAAUGGGAUUAUUGUGAUAAAAUUUGUGUACCUAGUGAAAAAUGUUUUAUAAGGAUAUACAGGAUGUACUGUACUUACCUCGUUAGUGUCUAAUAUAACAAUGACAGAAUUCCCUAUGUUCUUGUUCAGGAUUGAGUGUCAACAUAUUUGUGCUGGGACUCUUCUUUUAGUUGCACAGAAUCAGAAAAAACGAUAAUUAAUUGUCAUAAUUUAGUAGCAUGUAUUUUUUUUUUUUAUAAUUGUGGUCUUAUUUUCAUUGUAAUGGCCAUUAAUCCAAUCGCUUAUAACAUUUUGCAAACCAACUUCACAGCUGAAAUAUCUGGCCACAAAUACUCUUAACUCAACUUUGAAACAGUGUCCUCUUGGGCCAUGAAGGUUAUUUGCCUUUCAAAUAUAAUGAAAGUUAAAAAGUAAAAUGCCUUUUUUAAUUUACAGAAACAUUGCAAGAGGAAUACGUUGUGUGUCACCCUGCUACUUCAGUAUGAAGAUAACAAAAUAAUGUGCAAAAUAAUAAGUGGAAUGAAUGAUGGCAUAUCUUACACAGAUAAGACCAUGGUUGUAAAAAAGAACAUAAACAAAAACAAAAAAACCCGCAAAGAAUCCAAACACAAUCUUCCUGUAAGUGUCGUGGAUGAGUAACUUGUGUAUAGUUUCUAGAUUAUAGCCCUGCUGUAUUUAUUUAUUUAAAAAUGUAUCAUGAUUCUAUUGUAUUUAUUCACUCUCUUUAAUGAGUAGCGUAAGAAUCUUCCACUAUUGUUAGCAGUCUAACUGGAUUCACACUAUGUAUUAUAAUGGAGUGCCUUAAAUUAUUAAUGUUGGGAUACUGUUGAAUUCGCCAUACAUAAUCUGACUGUAAUACCUAUGUUCAUCAUGCAUAUAUGCUCAGAAUUUUUUUUAUUUAUUUCAUCUCAGUUGAAAAUGUAGAAGUUGUAACCUCUCUCUAUUUUAGCAUUUGUUUGUGAGAGUUAUUUUCCAACAAAGAAAUACAUUCUGACCUGAACUACAAUUUAGCAUAUCCAAAGAAUAGUGGAUACCACCUGUAUAGGAGGUAGAUACUACCCUCCAAAAUGUGGAUUUCAUGUUAUAAACAUCAUCGUGUUUGUCAAUUAGUGGAUAUCUUAUUGAGGAAAUAAGGCUGUCAUGGACACCGUUGUUAAAAAACUAUGAUAAAACUCUGAGAAAGUGGAAGAGAGAAGGAAGAAGCCAAAGAUAAUUGCCGAAUUAAGGGAACUGUUACAAGGCCAGGGGACAGAGGCCAAAAUGUCCAUCCGUCUUAUUUUGGAGAAAUAAUUGUAAAUUAUGCUGUAUCAGUGUAAUGUACCCGGGGGUAUGUUUUAUUUCUUUCAUAACAUGUUUUCCUACUAUAAAAGAAAUUGAUUAAGUGACAUGUUUAUUGGGAUCCAGGAAUAUGAUAUUAUCUCAAUAUAGCUUUAGAAUUGUGUAAUGUCUGAAUUUAUGAUUGAACAUGAUCAAACUAAGAGUAUGUGUAUGCGUUUCCUGUGUGUUUGUCAAUCAGCUUCAUGGUGAUAAUGAUUAUACAGUAUGAUAUCAGUUUUUAUGAUAUAGUCAGUCCCUUGUCUGUAAAGUCACUGUUGUAUAAUGAGUUCAGGGUACAACUGGCCUGAAGUGAUUAUCUUUGCCGUCUGAGAGUUUGUUAGACCAUUACACUGUAUUUGUAUGUAUGUUAACAUUUCAGUAUACAAUUUACUGUAAUGUAUGCAAUAUAUUCUUGGAUUUUAAAUCAUGUCAUCUCACUUUUUAUGUGCUCUGAUUUGUGGACCGAAGAAAAGCGAGAUAAUGAGUUAGUGUUUGUAUUUUCUUCUUAUCUCCAUCAGUGUUCCCCUUCAGGGAAGAUUUCGUCAUUACUUUCAGUAAUGUGUCUCUGCUUUCACUGUAAUGUUAGUGCCACAUACACACACACACACACACACACACACACACACACAGAUACAGGUCACAUCAACAAGGCAUGUGUGGCAGUGCAACAACCGAGACAAAAGGGACGCCAGUCUCUGGUUGACAUGGAGUAGUCUGCUAGCUUUUAAUGCUAGUUAGCUUCACUUGAUAUCCUUCUCUCUGAACUCACCUCAACACCUGGUCUCAGGCCGAGAAAGGCUCCUUAUAAACGCAUGAAUUCAGUAAAUACU